AUAUCAAAUCAAUCUGCUAUUGAAAAGAAAAAUGGCGAACUAAUGCUCGAUGUUAGAUGUAUAUAAAAUUAAAAGUCAAAUUAAGUGAAUUAUUGUGCAAUGAGAAUAUAUUUAUAUAUAAAUUUGGAAAUUUAAUCAUGAAAUGAAAAAUGAUUUAUAUUUUUUAUUAUAUUACAAACUGAAGAAAAAAUUCGUAUAUUAUAAAUUCAUAUGAUAAAAAAAUGACAAAUAAUUUAUGAAUCAUUACAAAGUAUUUCUUUAUAUUAUUUACAACUAUAUUAUUUAUAAAUAUUUGAAUUGUAUAUAUAUAUAUAUGUAUAUUGAUUUUCAGUUGUUUUCAAAAAAAUUUUGCUUUGUAAAAAUAUUAUUAUAGAAAAUGUCUAUAUUAGAAAUGAAUAAUCUAUCUAAAGAUAAAGAAAUAAUAGAAAAUUCUCAGCACUUUAAAGAGCGUGCAGAGCGAAAUCGUCAAAAAGCAUUACUUUUAAAAAAAUCUAAGAUAAUUUCCCAUCCUUACAUAAAAAGUGAAUGUAAAGAUUCAACAAAAGGUACAUGCUUAAAAAUUCAAGGACAACAUGUUAUAGAUAGUGGAGGAGGUUUUCUUAUAGAAGAAAGUGAUGAGUUAGAAGAACAAAUGCUAAAAAUAACAUCAGAACCUGCUCCUAUUGUUGUUAAUUUACCUCAUUGUGAAGAAUGUAAAAAUGAAUUUAAAGAUUCAUAUCUUCUACAAACAUUUGAUAUAUCUGUAUGUGAUAAAUGCAGGGAUCCUAAGGGCAAGCACUCUUUAAUUACAAAAACUGAAGCAAAACAAGAAUAUCUAUUAAAAGAUUGUGAUUUUGAUAAAAGAGAGCCUCCAUUAAAAUAUAUCACAAAAAAAAAUCCCCAUAAUGUAAAUUGGGGCGAAAUGAAAUUGUAUUUGCAAUUGCAAAUAGAACAGAGAGCUUUAGAAGUAUGGGGUUCUGAAGAAAAAUUAUUAAAGGAAAAAGAAUUACGUGAUGUUAAAAGAGAAGGAAUUAAAAUUAAAAAAUUUAAUAAGAAGAUUAAACAAUUAAGAAUGCAAGUUAGAAGUUCUUUGUAUGAUAAAACAUCAAAAGCAUCUCAUACACAUGAAUUUGGAGAAGAUUUAUAUAAUGAAGAUAAUGAUACAUAUACACAUAACUGCAUUACUUGUGGAUAUGAAGAAACAUAUGAAAAAAUGUAAAUUUUAUAGUAAUAGUGAAUUUUAUAAUAUCUAUUAUUGGGUCAUGUUUUUUUAAAAGUAUAAUUUUUUUAUAUUAAAUAAAUUUGUUUAUUAUUCAAAUAGAACGUAUACAUUUGAAAAAAAUUUUUCUUAUUUAUUUAUUUAUUAUAUCUUUUUUUUAUUUAAUUAUAAUUUAAAUUUCUUUUUCAUAAUAAGAAAAAUUUUAUAUAUAAUGUAUAUUUAAUUUUUAUAUUAUUAAUUAAAUAAUUAAAAACAAAAAAUAAUUUAAUUUGUAUUUAUAUUUUAAUAUCAUAUAUAGAAUAAUAUAUUUGUAAGACAUAUUUGGAAGAUUAAUUCUAAUGAUCAAAACAAACACAAGAGUUAGUAUGUAAGGUUUAAAAUUUAUUUAAAUUAUGAGCAAUUUAAGUUCGUAUUAAAUGAAAUAAAGAUGGUAAAGAAAACAGAGCUAUCUUGUUGUAUCUAUAUCUUGUUUAAUAUAAACUUUAAUUGUUUAUAAUUUAAUAAAUUAAUCUUGAACAACAUUUUGAUAUACUAAUUUUUGCUUAUUUUAGCUUCUAGAAUUAAUCCUGCAAAAAUGUUGCAUAAAUAUAUUUCUUUUUUAAGUAAAACAAUUUGAUUGUAUUCAAUAUACUACAUAAUGUACAGUUUUCGAUCAUAUUUUUUUUUUCACUAUUAUAUAAUAACCUAAUUACAACUAAAAAUUAAUAUUGCAUAAUAUAUAAAAAUAUGACUGUAUAGGCAAAAAGAAAUAAUCUUUACAUUAUAUUAAUUUUAUACAACCACAGUUAACAUAUUUCACUGUAAAUUAAGAAUAUAUAUAUUCCUUUACAUUAAAAAUAUAAUGUUCAUAAUAUAAACUUGC